GGAUUGAUUAAGAAAGCAUCAAAGGUACAUUAAUUGGACCCCCCAUCCUUACUCAUUGUAUCAAAGAGACAAAAACCAACCUUCACCCACUCCCCCUCAUUUUCCUGCGGCCUGCACCCUCCAAGCUAGAGCAAAGAAGUCCUCAAUCUCCAUUGUUGAAGAAAGCUCAACAAGGAAAGAUCCCAAGAAAAGGAAUUUAAGUGCUAAAAGUGUGAAGGUUAAGGAACUUGAUUAAAGUAUCUUUGAGCUUCGCCGGAGUUUCGCCGGAGUUGGUCAAAGUUGGCCGGAGUUGGUCAAAGUUCACCGGAAAUAGUCAAAGUUCAACCGCGGAGCGUAGAACACGCUUAAGCUCACUUAAGGUAUGGCCCCAAAAAGGAAGCAAAAUGACGGUGCCUCUUCUUCUUCAUACUCCCACCCCCGUUUCACCUCUCAUGAAAAUGAGGAGUGGUACGAAACAAGAAAAAAAUGGGGAAUGGUGGUGGAGAAAACAGUUGACCCGAUCAUCGACGCCACUUUUGAACUAACGGAGGCAUUCAUGGAGCUAGGGUGGGCUGUGAUGCUUACCCUAACAGGGGCGUACUACCCCCAACUGGUCCGUGAGUUCUACGCCAACAUCACGGACAAACAAACUGGGUAUGCCGUCAUUCACUCAUUUGUCAAAGGCAAGAACAUAAAGAUUGAUCCAAGUUUUCUCUCCCGCCUCCUCAAGGUCCCCGAUGACGGCACAACCCUGGAAUUUACCCUUAAAGGAAUCUCCAGUGACAAGACUUAUGAUGAAGUUCGAACAAUGGAAAGGUAUGAACUCCCAAAGCUCUUCACUAAAUAUUUGAACAUCCGUGAGCGACUCAUCAUUUAUCUCAUUGGAUUCAACCUUGUCCCCCGAGCAAGUGACCGUCAUGUCAUCCGAAAAAUAGACCUCUACCUUCUCUCUAAAAUGGUAGAGGGGUUGGGAGAAACUCCGAAAAUAUCUCUCCCCCACCUCAUUAUCAAAGAUAUGAAGACCGUGGUGCUCUCCAAAAGAGGUGACAAAAACUUUUGUUUUCCUCUUUUACUCACCUUGGUAUUCAAACAUUAUAAGGUGGAUUUAAGAGGAGAAGAAGUCAUCUACACAGAUGACUCCAACAUUUUGGACAAUACCACCAUGGCCGCCCUUCAACAUAAACUUUCGGAUGGAGAGUGGACGUUCCCCGGACGAUUUUUUGCUAACUUACAUGAUGAGGAGGAGGCGAGGAGAGCGGAAGAGGUACAUGGAGAAGAAGAAAUGGAGGAUGCUCACGACGAUGGAGCCGUACCCGAGCCACCGGUGCCACCACAACCGCCACACACUACCGACCCCGCGAUGGCCUACUUGAUGCACUCCAUGGCCCGCAUGCAUACGCGGAUGGACACGCAAGAGGAGAGACAACAGAGGUUUGAGGAGCGUUUCGACAGAUUCGCCGACUACUACUACUCCCAACAUGGGUACCCCCCUCAAGACCCGGAAAAUUAAUUACAGCGUUGUUGUUAAUGCUUUUUCUAUGACAUUGCUUUUCUCAAACACAUUUUAUUGUGGAUGUUGAAAGUAUUUUGUUUAUCAUGCAUGAUACAUUGAGACAAUGUAUUAUAAGUGUGGGGGGGGUGCAUCUCAUGGGUAGUUAAAACAAAUUAUGUGUGCAAAAAUAAUUUUUUUUUUUUAGGAAGGUAAAAUUUUCAUAUUUCUCUUUUUAACGGGUAUUUGGUUGAGAAAGUUUUUUUUAAUUAUUUACAAAAACCUAUCAUUUUUUUAGACUACCCUUUACUCUUGAAAAUUAUUCCAAAAAAAAAAAAAAAAAAUUCUUGUGACUAGAAAGCAUCUCCUUCCUUCAUUUCCAAAAAUGGUCAAAUACUACAUUCAAGCACCAUUUUGGAACACAAAACCCACUCUCACACCUCAUCAAAUAAAUUGGCAUCAUCAAAUGACUUUCAGUAAAUACUAGUUGAAGACCUUCUCAAAUGAGUUUGAAAAAAAAAAAAAAAAAAAAAAAAAGAAAAGAAAAAAAAAAACUCAUGGUCUCAUCUUGGAAGUUCAAUUGAUUCAUACAACUUAAAAGUCAAAAACACCAAAAAGCCAUCCCACUCACCCAAAAAAAAAAACCAUAGUCACAAAUCAUUCCUUUAUUUUCAAGAGUAUAAGUAGUUUUCUAAAUCUAAAUGAUACUUUUUGUGUUUAAUUGAAAAAAAUGGUUUUUGGACCGAGAAUGAUAAAAGAGUUUAUAUGUCAUUUUUUUUAUCUCUCUUAAAAAAAUUGAUUUAUUUUUGUUCAUAUAUUUUUGUUGAAACUAACCAAGACAUCCAAAGGUGAAGAAAUUGCUUGAGGACAAGCAAUGCUCAAGUGUGGGGGAUUUGAUAAGCACAAUAGUUACCUAUAUUUUAUAUAGGUAAUUAUGAUUAUCUGUACAAAUAUUCAAAGACAGAGCAGGUAUAAAUCCCAUUUUGAGUAAAAAAUCGCACAAAUACAUCAAAGAUGAAGAAACGGGAGUCAACGAUCAAAAGGGGCCGAGAACCGACACUUCGGGGUCAGCCACGGGCGUAAAAUGGAGCGAAAAAUGAAGAAUUGCAGUGCAGGGGAAAACCGGCACCGGUCAUGCUUUAAAACCGGCGCCGGUUUCAUCUUAAACAGCUUUACCACGGUGUGCCGAAGGUCAACCGGCGCCGGUCCACCCCUAUAACCGGCGCCGGUUAAUCCCGAUUCUGCACAAAACAUAGAGACGUGCAGCAAGAUCUUGAUGGGAAAAACCCACUUUCCUAAUGAUCUGAUCAAAUAUUUCUUCCAUGCUUGAUUGCUGGGCUCGAAUGGACUAAAAGAUGCCAAUCUUUAGCCUAUAUAAAGCCCCCAAUUCAUCAAACAAGAGGAUCAUUCCAUUCCAUAGAUUAAUUUUUAGUCUUUAUACUUUGUUUUUGCUUUUGUUCUUCAAGUUCUUGAGGAGGAAACUUCAACCUCCGAAACCAUUGGUGUUUAGGUAUUAUUUCCUUUGUAAUUUCAUGUUCCA